AUGUCAUGGAUCCCACCUCCUGUUGGAUGCAUUAAAGUUAAUGUGGAUGUUGUUGUCUCAGAUUUGGCUUCUGGUAUUGGUAUUGGUGUGCUUAAGGAUAUUGGUGACCUACAUUAUUUCUUGGGUAUUGAAGCUCACAGAAAUCACAUUGGACUUUAUCUUUGUCAGCGCCGGUACAUCGUUGAUCUCCUUCAUCAUGCGGGCCUUGAUGGUGCGAAGCCUCUCUCCACUCCUAUGGCGGCGAGUACUAAACUCUCUAGGCUUCAUGGAUCACCUCUCUUUCACCCAUCUCAGUACAGGAGCAUUGUUGGAGGAUUGCAGUAUCUCAAUCUCACUCAUCCUGACAUCAGUUUUGUAGUUAACAAGGCUUGCUAG